GCCUAGUGUCCUAUAUGUAGGACACUGAAAUUUUUCAAAUAACUCGAAAAUUUUUUUUUGUCAAAAAGCUAGCGCCCCCUAGGGGGUGUUUCUGAGGCUAUGGCCUUCUCGCGUGCAAGUCUUGGUUAGCGUGGGAGCACAGCUCGCCACGUGCUUGCAGUUUCAAAAUCGGCGUUCCGCGUGAGCUUCGACGAACGCCAUGCCGAGAAAGAAAAUUCAGAAGAUUCCCUGCAGUUCAUUUUACCGCAGAAGAGAUCCGCAAACGCUCAACGACAUUCUAAACCAGAUUGACGCUGGGGAAGAUGUACCGUCUACGGUGGCCAUUCUUCCGCCCGAAAAUCACGCGGCGGCAGUGACAGAUGAAGAAAGCGGCGAUGAAGAAUGCACCAGCAUGGACCAUCUGCCGGGGAGCGCUCUUCAUGCUGAAGUUCUGGACACUUGUUCAGAGUCAAGUGAGGACGAGAACGACCAGGAGCCACCAGCUAAGCAACAGAAACGACGUGUCAAGUGGGAUAAACGCGAUUUGAACGCGAGUUUCCCAACUCGCCACUCGUGUGAUUCAGACUCCGCUGAAGGAGCACCGCUAACUCCAGUAGAGGCAUUUGAAAAAUUUUUCGAUGAUGAAGUCAUCAACCUGCUUGUUGCAAACACCAACACCUAUGCACAACAGAAGAAUCGGUUGUUGAACGUGAACGCAGGUGAGAUGAGAUGUUUUCUCGGCAUUCUGCUUCUCAGUGGCUAUGUGCCGGUUCCAAGGUGUCGCAUGUUGUGGGAAAACUCACGUGAUUCUCAUAAUGAACUCGUCGCGAACUCUAUGAGGCGGGACCGAUUUGAAGCCAUUUUCACCAACCUACAUGUGGCUGACAACAACAACCUAGUACAAGAAGACAAAUUCACAAAACUGCGACCACUGUUUAGGCUCUUGAAUGAACGGUUUCUGUUGUAUGCUCCAUUACUAGACUGCUUCAGCAUUGAUGAAAGCAUGUGCGAGUACUUCGGAAAGCAUGGAUGCAAGCAGUUUAUGAAAGGGAAACCAAUCCGAUUUGGCUAUAAAUUGUGGUGCAUUUGCACCCCAUUGGGCUAUUUGCUUUCUGUUGAGCCCUACCAAGGGAGGUAUGGCGUCAAUGUGGAUGAUAAAAACAAGCUUGGUCUAGGAGGAUCUGUUGUUACAGAAAUGGUGUCCAGGUUGAAAGAAAGGCUUGAUUACUGUUUUCAUGUGUUCAUUGACAACUUCUUUUCAAGUCUCAAACUUGUUAGAAUGCUUUCGUCAAUGGGUGUCAAGUGCACAGGCACCGUGCGGGAGAACCGAAUAGAAAACUGUCCCAUCCUGACACAGAAAGAAAUGAAAAGCAAGAAUCGAGGCUUCUACGAUUACAAAGUCGACGCUGAAUCUGAAAUUAUUGUAUGUCGCUGGAAGGACAACAGCACAGUGACCGUCGUCUCAAAUGCUCACGGGGUCGAGCCAACACAAAUGGUGAAAAGAUAUUCGAGAGAAAGCAAGUCCAAAGUCACGGUGGAGCAGCCGUUCUUGAUUUCGAGCUAUAAUGGCAACAUGGGAGGAGUUGACAGACUAGACCAAAAUAUUUCAAAGUACCGCACAGCCAUUCGAGGAAAGAAGUGUUAUCACCUUGAGGUGCGCAACCUGAGGCCCGCACUCGUGGGCGGUAAGGACAGGCUUCCGAGAGAGGCGUUUCCUGGCGUAGUCUGCAACAUACCCUGUGCGGAUUGCGACUACGCAUACAUCGGUGACUCGGGCAACUUUAGACGGAGACUGAGGCAGCAUCAAAAUGAUGUCGAAAAGGAACGAACAGUUUCGAAUGCCCUUGCAGAGCACACGGAUGCAACGGGCCACAAGAUUGACUGGGUAGCUCAAGAAUUGUCGGCCAAGAAACAAAGCUGA